AUAGAGAUACGUAUUAUACGCGUAUAUACGCUCGUAUAUAAACUUUAUUGCUUCCUUCCUUUCUCACAGAAAGGCAAACAAAUCAAACAGUUGGGUCAAAACUUGCCGUUUUACACACAGAACAAAAUUGGUAGAUUGGUAAAAAAGGAAACGAAAUUCCUCCUCUUCGUACUUGUCAGAUCUGAUUCCUCCGCCAUUCUUCGUUCGAAAGGCAGGGUUGAUUGCUAAAUCGGGGAAAGAAAUGGCGAAUAGAGUGGAUCAGGAAUACGAUUAUUUGUUUAAGAUCGUGUUGAUCGGAGACUCGGGUGUUGGGAAAUCCAACAUAUUGUCCAGAUUCACGAGGAACGAGUUUUGCUUGGAAUCCAAAUCCACCAUCGGUGUCGAAUUCGCCACCAGGACUACUCAGGUGGAAGGAAAGACGAUCAAAGCUCAGAUCUGGGACACUGCAGGUCAGGAGAGGUACAGAGCCAUCACUAGCGCUUACUACCGAGGCGCAGUGGGUGCCCUCCUUGUCUACGACAUCACCAAGAGGCAGACCUUUGACAAUGCCUUGAGGUGGCUCCGCGAACUCAGAGACCAUGCUGAUUCCAACAUCGUCAUCAUGAUGGCUGGCAACAAAUCCGAUCUUAACCACUUGAGAUCCGUUGCUGAGGAAGACGGUCACAAUCUAGCCGAGAAGGAAGGUCUCUCUUUCCUUGAGACUUCUGCUCUCGAAGCAACCAACGUCGAGAAAGCGUUUCAGACCAUCUUAGGAGAGAUCUACCAUAUCAUAAGCAAAAAGGCACUGGCUGCACAAGAAGCGGCUGCUGCUAACUCCGCCAUUCCAGGUCAGGGAACUACGAUUAACGUCGAUGACACAUCUGGAGGCGUCAAACGAGGCUGCUGCUCUACCUAAAACCAAAGGUAAUAUGUUUUCUGGUUUAUUCCCCAUCCCAAGAUUCAGACUUUUCUUUUCAUUGCCUCCUCUUUCAUUUCAAGUUUUGGCUCAUGCAAGACCAUUGUAGAAUACUUGUUACUCUGUUUUUUAUGCCCUUCGGUUGUGUUCGUUUAAAGCUUGUGAGAUUCUUUAGUCAGCGAAGCUUUGUUAGUAUCUUGCGUUGCUGUGUUAUCAACAUUUCAUCUCCGGUAUGAGAACGGUUUGUCUUUGGCUUGGUUUUUCCGAAUCAUUGGUUCAUUUCUUAUCAAAGUAUCCCCUUCCUAAGAGUAUGUCUAAUGAAGGUUCUUAAAGUGGAAUUUUUAUAUUCUGUUAAAAACCCCCACUUUAAAACCCCCAUUAAACAUGUUCUAAAUCCGUUCUUUAUGUUUCACAGUGAUGGCGAGUUCUACUAAUAAAGAUUUUAUUUGAAAAACAAGUGUUCUUACUAAUGCUACUGAUUUAUGAAAAAAACUGGAUACAAAACAGUCUUUUUACAUUUGAAGUCAAUAUUACGAAUCUUUUGGUUUUAAAAGUAAAAGAUUAUGAAUCAAGUAUGCUUUAUUUAUAUGAAUCAAAUACGCUCUCUCUUUCAAUUAUUAAAUAGAAAUAAAGAAAAUGAAAAUAAGGGGAGGAGGCUUAUUUGGAGAACCGACCAAAUGAAUACAGACAAUGACAAAACAUGGACAAGGGAUAUUAAAAAGUAGUGGUCGAGAAAGUAAGAGAAACGUCAGAUCAGCCGACUUGCACAAUAUACCCAAUUUCAUGCACGAAUAUGUGUUCAUAACUAAUAAAUUAAUAAUUACGAAAAUGUGUUACCAAAAAAAAAGAGAGUUCAUAACUAAUAAAUUAAUAAUUAUGAUAUAAAUUAUUCAAAUGUAAAAGAAAACAUUUGGACGAGAAGAGAAGCGCAACAGAUAAGAAGAAGAAGCUCGAACCACCGUUGACCGGCUCAUGGUGGCUCCGAUAAACCGCCGGUCCAGUUAGUUUCAUUUUCUUAAUUUAGUGUGGAUCUGGUGUUUAGUUUUUGUGUAGGUUGUAGAUCUGGGUUUGCGAAAUAUGUCGUCUCGGGCUGCUCUCUUUUUAGGGGUCUCGUCGUCGACUGUGGUGGGUUAAGUGGUGAUUGUUCUCGUGGUUGGUCUGAACGGAAGUCUCUCUUGGUUUUUUUCCUUAAUCUUCAACCAAUGCUUUAAAAAGUUUUGAACUUUGGUCUUGUGAAGAAAGAACAAGUUUCAGAGGUGAAGAGCUUUGGCGAGUUUACAAGGAUCGAAGGAUCUGGUGUGCUAGUUGAAACAAAUCUUCCAAGCACCGGCAACAGUCGGUCUCUCUGCUUCCACCUCUCGUAUGUUCUUGGUGGACCCGAGUCAGUUCGGUGGCGUCUCUGUUGUGAUUCUCUUCCUAUAGUGGUGAUUGUAGUGAUUGUUAAUGAUGGUAUCUAUUAUGGGUUUUGAUCGUCGAGUUUUGAUUGUGUGAAGGUUUAUGGUGGCUUCUAUCUAGGUGUUAAGUGGACGUCAAAGAGUGUGUUCAAACCGUAUCUGAAAGUUGUGUGGAUCGUGAAGCGAUCCUUCUUGUCAGAUUGUGAAGCGAUCCUUCUUGUCAGAUUGUGAAGCUUGGGUUUUGGUUGUGAGUUGGGAUGGUAUCGUUCGGCAGGUUAUAGGCGGCAGCGAUAUGUCUGGAUUGAGAAGAUUUUGUGUCUUGGGUUUUACAAGUGGAUGAAAUCGGGUGGUUGUCUGAAGACAGAGCGAUUUAUCCAGAUCAUUGCUAUUUGCUAUUUAGGAGGUGUGUUGCAAUAGUUUGGGUAUGAAUGGUGACCGGGGAAUGAUGAGGAAUAAUGCAUUUUCUAACGUUCCUAUUAAAAAAUCAUCAUUCACAAGAAAUAAUAAUUCCCUCUCAUUCCCUUUCGUUCCUUUUUUUAUAGAGAAUUAAAGUACAAAAUUAUUCCUUGUUAAACUUGAGAAGAAACAACCAUUUUUUUUCAUUCAUGCUAUUUUUUUUCCGUAUA